AUGUCCUCGACCGAAACGACAGCAUCGACAGCGACAGCAGCAGCAGCGUCAUCCGUCCCGACCUCGUUGCUCAAUCUCGAUGCCCUCUUCAACAACCCCCUCUUCGCCGGCGGCAUCGGCCUCGCCAGCCUAGGCGCCGCCGCCGCUUUCGGCCGCAAGGGCGUCGUCGUCGCAGCCGGAGCCGCCCGCCGCCGCCUCCUCGUCAACGUCGAGAUCAGCAAGCAGGACCCGGCCUACCCCUGGAUCCUCGCCUGGCUGUCGCAGCCACGCGAACAGGCGGGCUUCAUCGCCUCACGCAUCACCCGGAUCCACAACCUCUCCGUUUCGACGACGACAUCGACCCAGCGCGGCGCCAACAGCCCGACGAAUGCGCACUUUUUCCUGCAGCCUGGCUACGGCCGGCAUAUCGUCAAGCAUAAGAAUGCGUAUAUUGCCAUCAACCGCGAGAAGCACAACACGGCCAACAUGAACACGGGCGAGCCGCACGAGAUCGUGCAGCUGACGACGCUCUGGGCGCACCGUCACGUUUUCGAGGACGUGUUUGGCGAGGCGCACGCGCUGGCAGCCAAGGCGAAUGAGGGCAAGACGGUCGUGUACUCUGCCAGGGGCAUGGAGUGGGCGCCCCUCGGUGAUCCUCGGAAGAAGCGCCCCCUCGGCUCGGUCAUCCUAGACGAGGGCGUAAAGGAGGGCAUCGUGGACGACGUCAAGGACUUUCUCGGGCGCCAGCAGUGGUACGUCGACCGCGGCAUCCCCUACCGUCGCGGAUAUCUGCUGUUCGGACCCCCCGGCAGCGGCAAGAGCUCCUUCAUCCAGUCUCUCGCCGGCGAGCUGGACUUUAGCGUGGCCAUGAUCAACCUCAGCGAGAUGGGCAUGACGGACGACAAGCUAGCGUAUCUCUUGACGAAGCUGCCGCGCCGGAGCAUAUUACUGCUGGAAGACGCGGACUCGGCGUUUGUCAACCGGCGGCAGCGUGACGCUGACGGGUACAGCGGCGCCAGCGUGACCUUCUCUGGUCUGCUCAACGCGCUCGAUGGCUUGGCUGCGGGAGAGGAGCGCAUCGCGUUCCUGACAACGAAUCAUAUCGAGCGACUUGAUCCCGCGCUGAUCCGACCGGGACGCGUGGACAUGAUGAUGCGCAUUGGCGAGGCCACAAAAUACCAAGCGGGACUGAUGUGGGGUCGCUUCUACGGCGAUGUGGACACAGACGGGGCCGGUCGGGAACGUUUCCUGCAGAGGCUGGAGGACCUCGGGUUAUUCGGGAACGGAACUGGGGAGACGGCGCACCGAUUCACGAGUACGGCUGCGAUUCAGGGGUUAUUCUUGUUCAACAAGAACGAUAUGCAGAGCGCGAUCGACAUGGCUGAGGGCCUUAUUCCGCGCAAGUUUGAGGCUGAAGAAGCGAUUCCCGAGGGUGCCAUCAAGACGCGAGCUUGA